UCCACUGACGUUAGCAAGCCUGCGCAAUAAUAUCACGAGCGGGUUAUGUGACGGCGUGACCACCCCUCGAAUGUCCACCUUUAUCAUUAGUGACGAAUUAUAUUCUAUGCAACGUAACCAACAGCUUUUGUGUCCUUUACACAAGAGACAUGCGUCGAAGUAAGACUGAAGUGGAUCGGUACGUCGACUCCGUCCAGACGUCCUCGCCCUCACUCAAAGAGAGGCCUAUCAAAGGAUUUUUAUUUGCUAAACUAUAUUUUGAGGCAAAGGAGUUUGAGCUAGCUAAAAGACAUGUAUCAGAAUAUCUCAAAAUCCAGGAGCGGGAUCCCAAAGCGCACAAAUUCUUGGGACAGCUGUAUGAAAGAGAGGGAGACGUCAACAAGGCGGUAGCAUGUUACAAGCGAUCUGUGGACUUGAACCCAGUCCAGAGAGACUUGGUGUUGAAGGUGGCUGAGCUAUUGGUCGGCAAAGAGGAAAACGACAGCAGGGCAGAGUUUUGGGUGGACAAGGCUGCCAAGUUGUUGCCUGGGAACCCAGCAGUGUUCACCCUGAAGGAGCGUCUAUUGAGUCGUCAAGGUCAGCAGGGAUGGAACCAACUCUUUGACCUCCUUCAGGCUGAGCUGACUGCACGGCCAGGGGAUGCGCAUGUCAACGUGAAGCUCGUCCAGCUAUUUUGUCAGGACGGUCGACUGGAAGCGGCUGUUAAGCACUGCUUGGCUACUGAGAGAAGGGGCUUGCUGCGCCACAGCCUGGAAUGGUUCACUGUAGUGGUGCGCACGCUUGAGGACUACCUGACUCAACCCAGCGUGUCCAGCAAUGAUAAGAUGUGUCGACGCCUUCAAAGAGAGCUUCUCUUGGCGCACUGCAGCCUUGUGAGAAUCACGCUUUCUGGCAACUCCUUACAGGCGUGCCUCGAUGCCUUCACAUGUUUUGAUCACACUAUGCAGAAGAUGAGCGGUGUUGCCGGCCAGCACACAGACGAUCUUUGCGAGGUGUUUUUGGAGAUGCGAGCUCACCUCUACCUGCACGCCGGCACGCUGCUCUUGAAGCUGGCCCAGGAACGCCAGCAAACAUGGAGGGCAGUUAUUGACCUGGUGGCACUCUGCUAUUUGCUGGCCCUGCAGGUUCCCAGACCAAAACCAAAGGUGACCAAGAGAGAUCAGUCUGCUCCACAGCUUCUUGAGCUGCUAGCUAAUGACAGACAGAGUCAAGCAGGCCACAUGUUGCUCAAUCUCAGCGCUGAUGCAUGCAGCUUGAUAAGAGAGGUGGUGGAGGCAUUUGGGAACCGCAGCGGUCAGGACUCUUUAGUUGAACUACUGUUUGGACCACAGUUCUCUACUGGAUCUUCUUUCAUUGCCAAUGAUAACAUCCGUUCCAUUAGCGCACAAGCUCCAGAAAUCUCUCAGCUUGCCAAGUGGGAUGCAGGUUCUAUCUUGUUGUAUUGUGGUGACUUGCAACACCUGAGCUGGUUAGGGUUGCAGUGGGCCCUCUUAGCCCAAAGACCCUCCUUACGAGCCUGGCUGCAGCAACUUUUUCCCCGGCUCAACCUUGAAACUUCUAAACUGGACACAAAUGCACCAGAGUCCAUCUGUCUUCUGGAUUUGGAGGUAUUUUUACAUGGUGUAGUGUUCUGCAGCCAUUGUCAGCUGCAAGAGACGGCGAAACUCAACAGUGGAAUAAACCAGCAACAACAACAACUCUAUGAGCCUCGCUGCCUCCCGCUUCCUCUAAUUCGCCUCUUGACCACAGAGAGACAGAGAGAGUGGUGGGAUGCCAUCUAUAGCCUCAUUAACAAACUUGCAGCCCCCGGCAUGUCUGCUAAACUGCGAAUGAUAGUACAACAUGGACUGACCACAUUGCGAGCCAGAGAGAAACACGGGCUGCAUCCAGCACUGGCUAUCUACUGGGCACAGUGUCUCAGUCAGACCGGCGAUGGCGUGAACUCCUAUUAUGACCAGAAGGAGUACAUCAGCCGCAGUGUUCACUACUGGAAAGUCGUUCUUCCGUUGUUGGACAAGAUAAAAAACAGGCGAAGCAUACCAGAACCCCUUGACCCUCUUUACAUACAUUUUCCAUCCAAAGAUGUUCAGAUCUCCUCUGUGAAGGGCUUAGAGGAAGAGGCCAAAAUUGCAUAUGCAUCUCUUCUUGACAUUGAAGGCAAGACAGAAGAGGCCAUUGCAACUUUGGAAUCAAUCAAUAACAUGUCUUCUAUCUGGCAUUUGGCUCAGAUAUACCAACGGCUCUCUGAAGAGGCCAGCAACGGGGUUGAAGAAACACAGGAUAGGUGCAUCACUUUCCUGAAGAAAUUCAGGGUUUACCUCUCAAAGAUCUACAAUGCCAAUGCAGAUGAAGUGGAAAAACUUCCAGUAACCAUGGAGGAAAUUGUGGACCUUCUAAAUGAGGUGAACCAGCAACUUGGUGAUAGUGGAGAUGAUGAUGACGAGGAGAAGAAUAAUGGUCGUAUUGGACCACUCCAUUCAAGCCCCGCGUAUCCUGCAGAUAUCAGUGCGACAAUCUCCCACCUCAAGUUUUCGUCUCCCUCACCUAACAAAAGCAUUGUCUCUCCUUCCAAAAGACACCUGAUUUCUCCUAAAACACCACCCCACUGGGUGGAGGACCAGAAAAGUCUUCUCCAAAUGCUGUGUCAGCAAGUUGAAGCCCUUAAGAAUGAGGUCCAUGACUUGAGACAGAAUUCUUCAGCUAAAGUGAGCUCCCCCCAUCACAAGAUGUAUCAUGAGAGUUAUGGCGCUGAGGGGCUACAAGAGUCUUUCACUCCUAUGCAGUCCUACCAUGGGGCCCCCCUUACAGUUUCCACUACAGGUCCUUCAGGAUACUACAAUCAGUCUCCAGCAUACAACUCUCAGUAUCUCCUGCGCACAGCUGCAAACGCAACCCCCACAAAGGGUCCAAUGUACGGUAUGAACCGAAUGCCACCGCAGCAGCAUAUGUACGCUUAUCAGCCACCGACCCAUACUCCACCAAUGCAAAGCGCCUCUUCCUGUGUGUAUCCUCCUCAAGAACAGAACUUUGCUGCCCCUCUUCGAUUUGAAUCGCAAGCAACCAGCCUCCUGUCCCCAUAUAGUGAUGAAUAUUAUGGACAGAGUGUUACUCACCAAACUACAAACCCCCCUCUUCCAGAACCCGGUUAUUUCACCAAACCAUCUAUAAACUCUGCUCAGCCACCAAAGAACAUUGACGGGAAAACAAUGGAUCUUGGAAAGCUUUCCUUUAACCAGCAGGCACCUCCUGAAGUACCCAAAGUCCCUAGAUUUGGAGCAAGCACAGUUUCCCAGUCAACACCGCCAGCUGCCUUUAAAUUCAACUCCAACUUUAAAUCAAACGAUGGAGAUUUCACUUUCUCAGCAUCCCAAACAAAGCACAGUGAAAGUUUGCUCGGCCUUCUUACAUCAGAUCUCCCAACUAAAACCGAUACUUUACCGGAGAAGCCAGCUCCUCAAGAGAAAACAAACCAAACAAAUAUUUUUACUUUUGGCAAUAAAAAUUCAUCCGGCUUCUCAUUUGCCAAUACAGCACAAAGCACAGGUCCUUUGGGUCUGUUUGGAAAAGUGGAGCAACCAUUUAAAUUUGGAGAUGUUACCAAACCAUCAUUUGGUAUUGCCAAGUCUGUACCAGAAGAUGAAAACGCAGCAGAUAGUGACAAUGAUAGCACACAUGCUGAAGAGGAAGAGGAGGAGGAAGAGGAUGAUGAUGGACCUCACUUUGAACCCAUUGUACCCCUUCCCGAGAAGGUUGAUGUGAGAACAGGGGAGGAAGAUGAAGAGGAGUUGUAUUGCAAUCGAGCGAAGCUGUAUAGAUUUGACACAGAGACAAAAGAGUGGAAGGAACGGGGCAUUGGCAAUGUUAAAAUCCUAAAACACACCACUACGGCAAAGGUUCGACUGUUAAUGAGACGUGAGCAGGUCCUCAAGGUAUGUGCUAAUCACUACUUAACCACUGAUAUGAAACUAAAAUCAAAUGCUGGUUCUGAUAAAUCUUGGGUUUGGAAUGCCGUUGAUUAUGCAGAUGAAACUGCAAAGCCUGAGCAACUAGCCAUUCGCUUCAAAACAGCCGAUGAGGCGUUGUUGUUUAAGAGUAAGUUUGAAGAAGCUCAAAGCAUUGUGGUGAGUUCAAAAGAGAAACAAGAUGAGAAGAAAGCUGACAGCCCGACACCCUCUAAACCAUUUGAAAGUUUGAAAGCAAAGUUUGGUUUAAAAGAAGGUGAAUGGGAUUGUGCAGCAUGCUAUGUGCGAAAUAAGUCAAAGGAUGUCCGCUGCGUUUCUUGUCAAAGCGCCAAUCCCAAUUCCUCUACGACAUCAGAUGUAGGGGCUGAAAAUGAAACGAAAGGUAGUCCCUUUUCUUUCAAAUUUGGGACAAGUGACACUUUCAAAUUUGGGACAAGUGACUCGAAAACCAGCAGUUCUAGCUCCACCUUUCCUGGAUUUAGUGCUUUUGGAACUUCAUCCCCUUCAUCUUUUACGUUUGGCACAAGUUCUGUUAAAGUUGCUGACACUACAGUAAAGCAAAGUGAGUCUGCAAGCAAGAAUUCGGAAUCUGUUGUGAGUCCUGAUUUUGGCACGCAAUUCACAAAGAAACCAGAUCAGUGGGAGUGCGGUAAAUGUAAUGUAAGAAAUGAAGCUGAUGCGGCGAAUUGUAUUUCCUGUACAAAUCCCAAACUUGGCACUAAAUCAAAAGAGGGAGCUCCCGUUGUAAGUUUAUCUACGGUACCAGUUUCAGGUUUAGCAACAAAAGAUGGUCAGACGGGUAAAUCAACUUUACAAGCCCUCUUCUCUAAGAAAGAUGGUCAAUGGGAUUGUGACACCUGCUCGGUGAGAAAUGACUCUGCCAGCACUAAAUGUGUAGCCUGCCAGACGCCAAAUCCCAAUGCGAAAAGUACAAGUAGUUCUACGUCAUCAGCCUCCCCCUCUACCUUCAGCUUUGGAGUGAAGUCUUCAUCAGGCCAACCGACUGGAACUGGUUUCACUACGCCUUUUGGAGCUAGUAGUUCAUUUCAGUUUGGCCAAAAAACUGAAACUUCUGCUGCGUCUUUUAAGUUUGAAGCUCCCCAGUCUGCUCCAACUGCAACAAGCUCUUCUGGAUUUUCGUUCUCAAUGCCCAUGCCUUCAGGUGGCUUUACGUUUGGAAUUCCUGCAAAAGAUGAAACUGCUAUCUCAACUCCAACUGACCAGUUGGCCACAGGUUCAGCCUCCGGCUUUCUUAAAAGCAUUGCUGAUAAACACAAAGUGAAGCAAAAUGAUUUGACUCCCCUAGAAGUCAAUCAAGAGCUUGAGUCAAAUCCGUUAAUAUCUGGGAAAACAAAUGCCUUUAGUUUUGCAGACCUGGCAAAGUCAUCUGCUGGAGACUUUCAAUUUGGCCAGAAGGACCCAGGUUUUAAAGGUUUCUCUGGUGCUGGAGAGCAGGUCUUCUCAUCAACGCCCAUCAAGACAAACACCACAAAUGAGCAAGGGGAAGAUGAUAUGUAUAAAACUGAAGAAAAUGAUGAUAUCCAGUUUGAACCAGUGGUUCAAAUGCCUGAGAAAGUGGAGCUCGUCACAGGGGAGGAGGAUGAGGAGGUUCUAUAUUCCCAGCGUGUGAAACUCUUCCGAUUUGAUGCAAACGCAAGUCAGUGGAAAGAACGGGGGGUGGGAAUCCUGAAAUUAUUGAAAAAUAACUCAAAUGGCAGACUUAGGGUUCUGAUGAGAAGAGAGCAAGUUCUAAAGGUGUGUGCCAACCACUGGAUCACUACCACCAUGAAUCUCAAACCUCUUGCAGGCUCCGAUAGGUCAUGGAUCUGGAUGGCCAAUGAUUUCUCCGAUGGCGAUGCCAAACCUGAGCAGUUGGCCGCUAAGUUUAAAACUCCAGAACUCGCUGAGGAAUUCAAGGCUAAGUUUGAAGAAUGUCAGAGACUUCUCUUGGACAUCCCCCUGCAAACUCCACACAAACUGGUUGACACGGGCAAAACUGCACAUCUGAUUCAAAAGGCUGAAGAAAUGAAGUCUGGUUUGAAAGAAAUGAAAUCUUUUUUAACAGAUGAAAAAACUAAAAUCAGUGACGACGACAGUCAGCUUGCAUCUGCUAAAGUCAAAACAAUCUCAAAGUUAUUAAUCAAGCCCCACAACGAAACUACUGGCCCUACCUUAGAGUGGGAUAAUUAUGACCUAAGAGAAGAGGCUUUGGAAGACUCUGUUGAUUCAACAGUGUAUGCUGCUCCACUUGCCAACAGCCCACUAAGAAAGAAUCUUUUCCGCUUUGGGGAGUCCAUGGGUGGCUUCAGUUUCAGCUUCCAACCUGGCAUAAGCCCUGCUAAGUCUCCUACUAAGCUUAACCGUAGCCAAUCCUCAGUAGGCACAGACGAUGAGCAAGAUGUGACCCAGGACGAGGAGAGGGAUGGUCUGUACUUUGAGCCUGUUGUUCCUCUGCCUGACCUGGUAGAGAUUUCCACAGGUGAAGAAAAUGAACAAGCAGUCUUCUGUCACAGAGCCAAACUGUAUCGGUACGAUAAAGAAACGAGUCAGUGGAAGGAGAGAGGAAUUGGAGAGCUCAAAAUAUCCCAAAAUUAUAGCACAAAACGGGUGAGGUUAAUUAUGAGGCGAGACCAGGUACUCAAGAUCUGUGCUAACCAAUGGAUUACAGCAGCCAUGAAGCUAGAACCAAUGAAGGGUGCAGAGAAAGCUUGGGUGUGGAGUGCACUGGACUUUGCAGAAGAAGGCGAGGGUAAAGUAGAGCAGCUGGCUGUGAGGUUCAAAUUGCAGGAAACUGCAAACACAUUUAAGCAGGUCUUUGAUGAGGCCAAAAUUGCGCAGGAGAAACUGGAACUGAUGACCCCUGUGACAACCGUCAUUUCUCAGGACAGUGGAGACUCUUCAAAAACUGCUUCAACUGUCUGUGGAAAAGCGGCAAUUGCUGUGUUGGAGGAGACCACAAAGGAACGUACGGAACUUUUCAUGGAUAGUAAAUCACCCGGGUCUCACGGUGCAGUCAAGCCUGCCCAGUCAGUGAUGUCGCCCCCCAAGUUUGUGUUCAGCUCUGACAGUCUUCAGAAGAUAUUUGGCAGUCCAAAAGCUAACUCUGACAGUGGUGACUGUGAAACCAUUCUGAAAGCUAAAGAUUCUCCACAGCCUAAUAUGGGCUCUUCUGUACCACCGGCAUUCAAAAUUCCACAGAAAGGACUGAACAGUAGUGGGUCAGAUGAGGAUUCGGAGGUGGAGAUAGUGUAUGUCAGGGAACCCACUGCUGAGCAAGCUGCUUUAGCCAGGAAAUUACUGCUGCCUCUAACCUUUUUCUGCUACCAGAAUGAACCAGGCUACAUCAGUGACAAUCAAUCUGACGAUGAGGACUAUGAGUCAGCCGUGAAAGCUUUGAAUGGAAAACUCUACCCCGAUGCACUUGAAAGAAAAGACACUGCAUCUGCUAAUGAUCCCGAUUGCCACGUAGUCUGGGAAAGAAAGGCAACACCCGAGGAAGAGGAGAAGGCCAAGAGCCUCCAACUUCCACCCACCUUCUUUUGUGGCCUGAGCACUACUGACAGUGACCCGGAUCCUGACAAGGCGGCAGACUUUGAGACAGAGGUCCGCAAGGUCCAACAGGAACUGGAUGCUGACUUAAACACAUCUGAGAAGGUAUCCAGUGGCCUUGCUGAAGGGUUGGCAUCGGAGUCCUCCCCAAGCUGCAAGUCCAGGACUGAGGGAGGCGCCUUAGUUCCCAGCAGUAGAAGCAGCAGCUCUCCGAUCAACCUCUCAACUAAAACAAGCACCAAGCCUGAGACCUCUGCUGCCCCUGCUGUUACAAGUACAGUUGCACCCAACUUUGGCUUCACAACAGUAGAGGGCUUCUCUUUUGCUGACCUAGCCAAAAAAACGGAAGGCUUUGCAUUUGGAGCUAAAGAUUCCAACUUCUCUUGGGCAAACGCGGGUGCGGCUGUAUUUGGUUCCUCAGAACCAUCGUCAUCCAACAAUAACGAGGGAGGAAGCGAUGAAGAAGACUCCCCAAAAAAUGUUGACAUACAUUUUGAACCUAUCGUGUCACUGCCAGAGGUUGAAACCAAGUCUGGAGAGGAGGAUGAAGAGAUCCUCUUCAAGGAGCGCGCCAAGUUGUACCGCUGGGACCGGGACAUCAACCAGUGGAAGGAGCGGGGCGUCGGCGACUUAAAGAUCCUCUAUCAUCCGGCUAAACGUUUCUACCGGAUCCUCAUGAGGAGAGAGCAGGUGUUCCGAGUUUGCGCCAACCACAACAUCUCUCAGGCCAUGGAGCUGAAGCCCUUGAACGCCUCGGCCAACUCUCUCAUCUGGACUGCCACCGACUACUCUGACAGUGCCGAGGGUGCGGUGGAGCAGCUAGCAGCCAAAUUCAAAACCCCCGAGAUCGCCGCGUCCUUUAAGAAGACCUUCUGCGAAUGUCAGAGCCACAUGGGCCAAGAUGACGACACAUCGGGUAGCACCGCGAUGAUGUCAAGAAUUCAGGAGCACUCCAGAGACUCCAACCCACAGGUGUUCCUCACCAUCGAGGCGGACGGACAGCCGAUUGGCACCAUUACUGUCGAGCUGUUUGCACACCUUGUCCCCAAGACGGUGGAAAAUUUUAGGGCGCUGUGUACGGGCGAGAAAGGUUUCGGGCUGAGAGGCUCAAUUUUCCACAGGGUCAUACCCGACUUUAUGUGUCAGGGCGGCGACAUCACCAACAGCGACGGGACAGGCGGAAAGUCCAUCUACGGCAGCAAAUUUGAGGAUGAAAACUUCGACGUCCGCCACACUGGUCCGGGCAUCCUGUCUAUGGCCAACCGUGGUCGUGAUACCAACAACUCCCAGUUCUUCAUCACGCUGAAAAAGGCGGAACACCUGGACUUUAAGCACGUGGCUUUUGGCUGGGUGCGACAGGGCAUGGAAGUGGUGCAACACAUGGGGGAGCUCGGUACAAAAGGAGGGAUGCCCUCCAAGAAGCUCCUUAUAGCUGACUGUGGUCAGAUUUAGGCUUUCUGGGCUGUUGAAGCUCGCGCAAUCCAAUGUUUUCAAGGAAUUACACACUGACCACAGCACUACUGGUCAGUUGUCACAAAUAUUUUGUAGGAGGCGUUUUCAUUCAUAUCACUGGCUAAUGGGAAAACCUCAUACAUUUAUAGUGUCUAUAUAAUUGUACAUUAAUGUUUUUUAUUUUUUUUCUUGCAUGUUCUGGGACUCUUUACUCACACACCACCCUUUUUGAACAAUCUGUAUUUGUAAUUUAAAUGUUAUUUGAAAGCAGUGUGGCUUUCUGCUUCGCCUGCCUGUUCCAUUGUAGACUUCAUGUUAGUGUUUGUCUGCUGCCCACAUAAAAUGUGUUGCAGAGUGGACUACUGAAAAAUGUUCCGUUUAAGAUUCCAAAUGAAUAAAGAUGCUUUAUUACUAA